CUUUGUAUGCAAAUUAGUACGGAAGGAAGCGUCUGCCAUAACUUAUUGAAGGCUGUGUUAUUUUUUCAUUCUUGUUUGAGACCUUCUCGAAGACACGUCCAGGAUGAAGUCGCUGUUUAUCAUCUUUGUCGCUUUGCUUGUAGUAACUCAAGUUUUUGCCCGAAAGCGUAUCAAUGACCACGUAAAUGAUAUUCUCUGCGACACAUGUACGGAGCUGAUUACAGAACUCGACGCUCUGCUAAAAGUGGAUCAAGACCAGGUUGUGUCAACAUUGUCAAGCCUUUGUGACGACCUCCGUUUGCCUGGAAAUCUGUCUGCUGAGUGUAAGGAAUAUGUGAAGGAGUACGUACCUUUGAUCUUUGAAAUAAUUGAAUCGGAGGAUCCAAAGGAAUUAUGUGCUGAGAUGAGCCUGUGUUCCGAAGCCGAUGUAAAGGCCACUACUCCAGCAAUACUUUCGGAAAAAAACCGUAGUUCACUCCGAAAUUUCAAAGGCAUUGACAAGUUUAUUGUGUCCGUCAAAGAACAAGUCCAACAAAAUGUAGUUCAGGCAAUGGUAAAGAAAAUGCUUUCCGAUGACGUUGUGUGUGAAGGAUGCAAACAAACAGUACAGUUCAUCCAUGAUUUGCUUGCCAACAACCAAACUCAGGCUGACAUUGUAGAAGCUUUGGAAAUGGUGUGCGCUUACCUUCCACAGGAGUUCCAGGAAGAGUGUCGCGAAUACAUCGAAUUGAUUCCAGAGGUUAUGACUACCAUUGCAGACACCUAUUUCAUGCCUGACGAAGAUUGCGAAGCCGUCGGUCUGUGCCCAGGUGAAGUCGAGGUUAUUGUUCCCGAGAUCCCUGACAUGCCUGAGUUGCCUGAGUCACCUGAGGUAGAACUACCAGUAGCAGUCCAAAAUAUCUUCCCCGGAUUCGACAGUAUCUUGAAGCCCAACAAACACAAAAAAAAGUUGUCACAAAAAACACGCUUGAUUAAGAAGCCAAAACGGUUCUUGAGGGCAAUUCCCAAAAUGAAAGUUAAAAAUAAGACAAAGAAGCUAGAAAAACAACUACCAAAUCUACCGAUACCAAAGGUUACAAAAUACGACAAAGUAGCGGCUGUGGAGGAAAUAGACGCCGUCUUAAUAACAGACACUGCUGUCACAAAAUCUGCCAAUGAGACGGUGGGGUGUAAAUUGUGUGUUCACUUUGUAGAAACAUUCGCUAAAUUCAUUAACAAAUACAAGGCUCAGGUGGCCGACGCUAUAAUUGAAAAUGUGACCACAUUCUGCGAUCGUCUGCCACCCCCAUACUCGACCAAGUGCACUGAUGAAGUAUCUCCAUACAUGAAAAAGUACGAGAUUGAAAUCGCCAUCACAUUAUAUCUGACUCCUGAAGAGAUAUGCCCACUUGUUAUUGAAAACUGCCCAUAGAGGCUCACCUAGAUUCAUUGUGUAAAGUGCUGAAUCAUUUCAACGUUUGCAUUUUUUAAAAAAUGAAUAAUGUUUUUUUUUUAUAUAAAUUUGCAUGUCUUGUUUCUCCUGCUGUAACAUUGUUUUACAUUUAAAAGAUAAUCAUUAAAAAUGUAGCUAAUUGUUUUUGAUCAUUGCAUUCAAUUCCUUUCUAUUGUUCAAUGCAAAACAAAAACAAAAAAAAAAGAAAAAAACAAACAUUAAGUUCCGAUAUGUAUCAUACAGCACAAAGUUUAAGUACAAUACUGUUUGGUAAUUAAGUUUUUGUUAGUAGGUAUGUGAUGAGCAUAUGAAAUUAAAACUUGACAUACAUAAA